AUGGAUCAGGGCAAGGGGGUGAAACUGGGCAAGGGAAUGGAACAGGACAAGGGCAAGGUACUGGGGUUGGGCAAGGGAAUGGGCAAGGGCAAGGUAGCGGAGAUGGACAAGAGAAUGGAAAUGGGCAAGGCCAAGAGAAUGGAAAUGGGCAAGGGCAAGGGAAUGGAAAUGGGCAAGGCCAAGAGAAUGGAAAUGGGCAAGGGCAAGGGAAUGGAAAUGGGCAAGGCCAAGAGAAUGGAAAUGGGCAAGGGCAAGGGAAUGGAAAUGGGCAAGGGCAAGGGAAUGGAAAUGGGCAAGGCCAAGGGAAUGGAAAUGGGCAAGGCCAAGGGAAUGGAAAUGGGCAAGGCCAAGGGAAUGGAAAUGGGCAAGGCCAAGGGAAUGGAAAUGGGCAAGGCCAAGGGAAUGGAAAUGGGCAAGGCCAAGAGAAUGGAAACGGGCAAGGUAAUGGAGUAG